CACUAGAAUGCACACAUAAUGGUGCUUUGCUACUUGUGUUUUUUCUACCAAAGUAGGUGCAAGGUUGUAUCUGUAUUGGUGAAUAUCAUGCAGGAUUUUAAUUCUUGGGGAAAACACUGCAUUGUAGGAAACCGUACUUAGAAAUGGAGAAGAUUGCCUGUCUCUUGCUAUUGAUGUCUGUUGGUGUUUCCCUGGAUCAUUGCAGUGCUGCUGGCCCAACAAACCCUUUUGGACGUAUGUUUAAGGGGGUGAAAGUAACCAGCAGGACAAGAGAGGACCCAGGAAUGCCUCUUUUUCUUACACCUUACUUGGAGGCUGGAAAAGUUGAUCAAGCGAGAGCAUUAAGCCUGGUUGGCCAGCUACCAGGGGCAAAUGUGAAGAGCUAUGCUGGAUAUUUCACUGUGAACAAGACUUACAACAGCAAUAUGUUCUUUUGGUUUUUCCCUGCCCAGGUCAGUCCAGAGGAUGCCCCAGUCUUACUUUGGUUGCAGGGUGGACCAGGAGGAACUUCAAUGUUUGGCCUUUUUGUGGAGCAUGGACCUUACAUUGUGAAUGAAAAUCUUACAUUGAGCUAUCGGAAAUAUUCCUGGACAGAAAACUUUUCAAUGCUUUACAUUGAUAAUCCAGUUGGGACUGGCUUCAGCUUCACAGAUGAUGACCGGGGUUUUGCAAAAGAUCAGAAUGAUGUUGGACACGAUUUAUACAGCGCUCUCACACAGUUUUUCCAGAUGUUUCCUGAGUAUCAAAAGAAUGAGUUUUAUGCUACUGGAGAGUCUUAUGCAGGAAAAUACGUGCCAGCCAUUGGUUAUUAUAUUCACACUCACAACCCAACAGCAAAGGUGAAAAUCAACUUCAAGGGAAUUGCCAUUGGAGAUGGGCUCUGUGAUCCUGAAAUGAUGUUGGGUGGCUAUGCUGAUUUCCUUUACCAAACAGGCAUGGUGGAUGAAAAUCAGAAAGCCUUUAUCCAGCAGCAAACAGAUUUGGCAAUAAAGUAUAUCCAGCAGGAGAAGUGGAUUGAAGCCUUUGAUGUGUUUGAUGCUCUACUAAAUGGAGAUAGGACAGAGUACCCUUCAUUUUACCAGAAUGCUACAGGAUGUACCAAUUACUUCAACUUUCUUCAGUGCCAGGAGCCUUUAGACCAAGAAUAUUUUGGGUCAUUUUUGUCCCUCUCAGAAGUACGGAAAUCAAUCCAUGUGGGAAACCUAACAUUCCACGAUGGUUCUGAGGUUGAAAAACAUUUGCUUUCAGAUGUGAUGAAGACCAUAAAGCCUUGGUUAGCUGUGCUAAUGGAUAAUUACAGGGUUCUCCUAUACAGCGGUCAACUUGAUGUUAUAGUAGCUGCUCCUCUUACUGAACGAUUCCUGCCUACAGUACCAUGGUCUAAAGUAGAGGAGUACAAGAAAGCUGAAAGGGUGGUCUGGAAAGUCUUUCCUACAGACACAGAAGUGGCUGGCUAUGUGCGUAUCACCGGAGAAUUUUCUCAGGUAAUCGUGAGAGGUGGAGGCCAUAUCCUGCCCUAUGACCAGCCUGAACGGACCUAUUCAAUGAUUGACCGAUUUAUAAGGAAGUGUAAAGCUUUCGACUGUUAAUGAAUUCAGAUAUUACAUACCAGACAAAGAUAUCGUGGAUGUCGUAUAGUUUGAUGUGACUAUUCAUACAUUAAGAGCAUUGGCAUAUGUGGCACUUUUAACACCUAACUUUUCUAGUAGCCCAUAAUAUUGGAACAACCUGCUGAAGAUCCGAUAUAGUGAUUUCAGGCAAUUGUGCAAGCAUUUUCAGUUGACCAUUGCCUGAAUAUAAGGCAGUCCCCAUUUCAAGGCAAAAUUCCCAUGACAAAAGCAUUCACAGUCGGUGGGGUACUUGGCUAAUAGUUAAGGUCCCUCCAGAUCUGCUAUUCACCCACCUUACUACUGCCUCAAUGGGUGCUCUGCCACAAGCAUCCCAGCCGUCUCCACAUCUGUUUUCUCACAAACCAGGUGGCACUUCAGGCUAGAAAAACGGUGGUUUAUUACAACAGGUUGCUAGACAGUGGCCUAUUGUAAUACAUUCCUCUUUUUCUAACCUGGAGUGCUACCUAGUUUUUGAGAAAAUAGAAGUGGGGGUAUUUGGCUACAUGCGUUUGAGCUGCUUAAAAUCACCUGAAACUGCCCCAUGUGCCAUAUACCUUACUGUAAUUAAUUAGUAUCCAUUGUUUUUUCUUUUUUUGCAGCAGCAGUUUUGACAAGAAAAGGAAAUAAAUAAAAAAGUACCUUUGUUA